UUUGCAAAGGCCAGGACCACAGGGUUUUUUUAAAAGUUUUUAGAGGAUGUGGAUCCCGCGCUAACGCUAUCGGCCCAGGGAAAAAUAUUUUUGGUUUCAGGAAAGAAAAUUCCUCUCGGACUUAGUAAACCAGUGGGGCAAAAAAUAAAAAAAAGCCAAAUUGGCUGUACGAAAUGGAAAGGAAAAGCCAUGGAAUAGAGUGUGUCCACAUGCAAUGGACCACCUCAUCUGUCUCUAUAUAUACUCCUUGUGAAGAAGUUCCUCACCCUCUUCAAACCGCCCAAGAGACAACCAAAAAAAAUGGCAGCUGCUGUCAAACUUCUCUUUGUUGUGCUUUCUCUCUGCAUCUUUGUAACAGGGAGGAGCCAAAACUGCAACCUCUCAACUGUUCAAGUUCAACAGACCAACACUGGAGGGAAGAAAGGCUAUGAUCCUAUAUUUGAGGUGGAGGUGAAGAAUAUAUGCCAAUGCGAGCUGAUGAAAGUGUUCUUACGAUCGGAGGGAUUCGCCAGCUCUAUGCCGGUUGAUCCCAAGUUAUUUAGACAAGAGACUGAUGGAUACCUAGUGAAUGAUGGGAAGGGCAUUCCCAGCUUGAUGUCUGUCAAGUUCCCGUACGCAUGGGAUAGGGCCUUCAAGAUGACUCCUUCAGCCUUGGAGGUUAGUUGCAAGGAAAAUAGGAAGGAAUUAUAGAUGGACACAGUUUAAGGGGUGAUCC